AUGGCAUCUGUCAACUUGUGCUCCAUUUUUGUUCUAACAUUCGGAAUUUUUGCUCCAACGUCGGGCUUUUUGUGGGAUAAUUACAACGUAAAUCGCCUCUUUGGCAAUUAUGACGACAUUUUCGACGAGAUUAUCACACAAGUAGCUGAACCGGAUAAAUUAUGUGUCAACCAGUUCAAGUAUUUUGUCGAGAAUUUAAUUGACGAGACGGAAUGGGCAGUCAAGUUUCUCGAUACAUGGGGAAAAAUGCCUGCCGGUUUGCGUUCGGGAAAUUCUGUGGAUUUUGGACAUUAUGACCAAUGCAUGGAAAUUCAGCAGGAAACGUCAAUUCCGGAAGUGCAAACGAUUAAAACGCAACAUUGUCAGUUGCCAGUUCGGGAUUUGACAAUUCACAAGAAAACUGCUUUCGUGAUGGGCAUUUGCGCGCCGAGAUCGUGUCGCGGAGAGAUUGUUUCGAAAAUUAUGGAUGCUUUUUUGCAGGAAAAUGUUAAGUAUGAAGUUACAGAAAGAGAUGUGAAGUGCACGGAUGGGACUAAAGAGGAGUUUGGGGACUUUGAAUGGAGCGUUACGGGAGUUUUUAUCGCUUUGGGAGUGAUUGUCGUAAUUUCUACUUUUUAUGAUUUCGUUAAAAAAUGUCAAGAAGAAAAGGGUUCGUCGGUGUUGUUAUCAUUUUCAGUCUAUCAUAACCUUGAUAAGUUAUUUUACAAGCCAUAUGGAGGUAGAGAAACGUUUGAUUGUAUCAACGGAAUACGAGUGUUAUCUAUGGCGUGGAUUGUCAUGCUUCAUUGUUAUGGAAGUGUGCAGUAUAUUCCCGCAAUUUACAAUAAAAAUGAUAUUGCAGAGUUCAAGAAAACAUUGGGAUACACCUUCAACGUUCACGGAGAUCUCGCUUCAGAUACAUUUUUACUCUUAACGCCAUUUUUGAUCACUUAUGGCUUCAUGAAGACAAAGGAAAAGGGAGGAUCCUUUAACAUCCUAAAAUUCUAUCUGCAUCGCUAUUUACGCAUCAUGCCAUUGUUUGGAGCUAUCAUCUUGAUUGUAUUAGCGUUUUUCAAGUAUUUGGGCGAUGGUCCUGUUUAUGAUGCAGUCAUCGAAACGACUCUCGAGGAAAAGUGUCGUGAAUAUUAUUGGACAUCGUUGUUGUUCAUACAAAAUUAUUACAAUCCGCUAAAUGAGUGCAUAGCUCCAAGUUGGUAUCUCUCAAUGGAUAUGCAACUCGUGCUUGUGACGCCGCUCUUUCUGUUGCCCUUACGAAAAUACGGAUAUCGUUUCAUGCCUGUGAUGAUAAUUGUUACACUAAUUUCCGGCGUAAAUGUCUUCAGAUUGUGUCUCAUGCACAAAUUCACGUUCAUGGAACGCGACGAAUGGUACGAGAUGCUCAGCUAUCCGACUCAUAAUAGGAUUGGCGUUUGGAUGAUUGGAAUGGGCCUGGGAUACGCCUUGUUUAUGUCGAAAAACAAACGGAUGGGAAUACCAAAGGCAAUCCAAUUUGUCUUGUGGAUUCUUUCGUUCGGAACAAUGGCAACUGCGGUGCUCAGUCCCUUCCCGUUCUACCGCGAUGCGAGUCCCGACUUCAUUUACUUUGCGUUCUACCAACUGCUCCAUCGAUGGAUGUGGGCCUUUAGCGUGGCCUGGAUCAUUUACGCCUGUUGCACGGGCAACGGCGGUGUCAUAAAUUGGAUUUUAUCCGUGUCGCUAUGGCGUCCCUUCGCAAAGUUGUCGUAUGGCAUCUUGUUGCUGCAUUAUCCGGUAGCGAUAUUGAUGCGAGCUGGCAUGCGAACACCUGUGUAUUGGACACCGUUUGGCGUAUUUUCGCAAUAUUUCAUGGCGGUUUGGGGAUUUUCGGCGAUGCUCGCUGUGCCGUGUUACGCGUUGUUCGAGGUGCCUUUGUCGAAUAUCGAAGCGAGUAUCGAUAGGAAGUUGGAGGAACAAAGGACACGGAAAAAUAACGAGAAAAAUUUCUUAAAGUUUUUCUCGAUUCCGAGGAUACGACACAGCAUGAGGACGAGAUUCUAAUCCU